GUGUUUCGUUGACGGACUGUCAGAUGACAUAAUGGUAAACACAGUAAGGUUCAUGAUGUUUUCAUCUGGAAACGAUCCAGCUGUCUUAAAGGAGGUGCCACAGAGAGUGCUUUUUCCACACUCUGCAGUGUAACAUAUCCCAAACCGCCUCAGCUGGGUUGAGGUCAGGUGAUUGUUGAUGUGAGGCCAUGUGCUGCAGCACUCCAUCAGUUUGUAUCUCGGUGAGACAACUCUUACAGAGCGUGGAGGUGUGUUUUUAGAUUUUUAUCCUCCCGUAAAGCAGAUGGUGUUCCCCCAACUGAACUCGAACCUGAAGGGAUGUUGGGUCACUGAAGAAUUAUGUUACUCUGCUGAUUAGAAUUCAUCAUACAUCUCCAACAGUGUCACUACCAAAGUCCGUCCACCAUUAAAGAAAGUCAAGCCACAAACACCAUCCAGCUGAUGCCCCAGCCGUCACCCGAUUGGCCGGAAGAGUGUAAAUCAGCUGAUGUAUGAUUUUGACUCUAGUCCCUCAGCAAUUGAGACAAAGGAGAAGGACUUUGCUGCUUUUUGCGCCCAAAUGUGAGUGUAUCUGGCUGCGUAAGGUAGUUUGACACCCAGAUUGGAUUGGAAAGUCCCAGCUCCUGCCAGUCCUGGCAUGAAACCGCAGUAGCUCCCUGGAGAAUAUACUGACUCACCUAGCAGAGCUAGUGGAGCAUCAUUAAAAAAUAGAAGACUGUAGCCUGGAUGAGGGUACUGUCUUCAUGCAGAGGGCAGAUCGCAGCUUAAGGCAGCAGUUUUUGAAGUUUGUGAACUGCGUGGGAUUUGUUUUGUUACUAGCUUGUCAGCAUACCUAAAACACCUGCGUUUGUCCAACUGACAGCUGAUUUUUGUUUAUUGGCUAUGCAGAUUCUGCUAACAGGGAUUUUAAACCCUUUUUGGAUAGCUGUCUAGUUGUAAGAUUUCCAGCUCAGGGAAAGCCUGUCCUGGUACAGACAUGGAGGGUCUUGAGCAGCUGGACAUGGUGGGUGAUAUCAGCCCAGCUUUGGAGGCCACAGAGGAUUUCAUCCACUGCAUGGAUAGGAUACAAGGCCAAGGUACAAGCCAGGCUCAAACAGGGAACCUUCAGCCUGCCAGACAGUCGAAGCAGCUGCAGGAGGUAUCUAAUGCAGCGCUGGGCAAGCUGAGCUCCAGUGGCGUGUGGAACCUGCUAGCUGGAGAGCAGCCGGAGGUGGGGCCUCUAGGCCUAGCUUGGGCCGAUAACGUCAGUGUUUUGGGGCUAGGAGUGGGUUUGAGGCACGGCAAGAGAAGCCGAGCGCGUUCCACCAAUGACUUGGCUGCCCAUACCAACGAGUGUACCAACAACACCACCAACUCCUCAUCUAACUCUGCGUUUAAGAAGGGACACAGCCGGUCCAGGUCAGAUGUCCACUACCGUCCGUCUGCCUGCACCGACAAUGGUCUGCCCACAGUGGACUGCAACACCCUGAAGAACAUGAUCCUCAACCACCAGCAGGAGGCUGAUAAAAGCAGCAGUAGCAGUGUGGUGAAGCAGUGUGAGAUGGAGCAGCGUGAGGGGCCGCGAGGCCGCUGGACACCCUGCCAUGUUGAGCUGACGCCUUGCGAGCUCCGCCUGUACGCUCUGGACAGCAGUGCCAACCGCCAGCUGGGCACUGCCUACUCACUGUCACACUGCCAGAGCGUCAUCUCUCCAGCACCCUGCAGCCAGCCCGGCCAGAUCACCCAGCCCGCAGACCAACGCACGAUCCAGGCUGUCUUCUUCAACAGCACACGUCUUCAGCUGAGGACGGCCAGCCAAUGGGAAGCCAUGGAGUGGAGACGGCUGAUUUGGGAGAAGGUGCAGGCAGCCAGACCCAUGAGGCAGGAGAAUCAUCAGCAUAAAAGCGGAGUAGAAAAUCAUCAUGUCGUGAAGUUUCCUGCACCCAUGUCACCUUCGUCUUCGCCUUCUCCUUCUGGGCUCGACACCAGGCCUGAUGGCGAAAGCGACACCCCGACUUCAGCAGAGGCAUCGCUCUGUCUUCCACCUAAUUCUGUUGUCCUGAGCAGACCCACCACCCUGCCUUUGUUCACGCAGUCGUGCCAGGACGUUCUCCGAGUCGGUCUACUGUACCAGCUGACGGAUCAGAACAACUGGCGGGCUUUCACUUUUGUCCUCACCAGAUCUGUUCUCCAGGCCUUCCCUACAGAAGGCCGUGGGUCUGUGUCCCAACCUGUUCUCCAGUACUCGCUGGGGUCCUGCAUUGCUGUUCAUCAUGAUCAUGAGUUAGAGAAUGGAGAGCCAUGGACGGGGAAAGGGGAAUUUUUUCAGGCUGUUUUCCCAACAGAGGUACUCAAACUUCGUGCUGAUGGUCACCUCAAGGCCCAGGAGUGGGUGGAGACCUUGCGGGAGGCAGUUAGAACACAGAGGCCUGCCCAAGAAGGGACAGAACCAGGAGUAGGACCUCCUGGUCUCCAAGGGGUGCUAUUGAGAUCAAAUCCAUCCAGGGACAGGAGGCACAGGGACGCACAGAGAGCAAAGCGACAGUCGGUCACCACCAGUUUCCUCAGUAUUCUCACCUGUCUGGCUGUGGAGAAGGGGCUCACUGCUCAGAGCUUCAGGUGUGCAGGUUGUCAGCGUCCCAUUGGUCUGUCCAGAGGAAAGGCAAAGGUUUGUUACUAUAGUGGCUGGUACUACUGCCAAAGCUGCCAUCAGGACAACUCUUUCCUCAUCCCAGCACGCCUGCUGCACAACUGGGACACCAGCAAGCACAAGGUGUCCAAACAGGCCAAGGAGUUCCUGGAGUUUGUGUAUGAAGAGCCACUGCUGGACAUCCAGCAGCUUAACCCCUGUCUGUACGAACACUGUGAGCCUCUGAGCACAGUCCUGCGUCUCCGUCAGCAGCUCCAGUCACUGCGGGCCUACCUGUUCAGCUGCCGAGCAACCGUUGCUGAGGACCUCAGACGAAGGAUUUUCCCCCGGGAAUACCUCCUACAGCACAUCCACCUGUACUCCCUGGCAGACCUGCAGCAGGUGAUUGAUGGAAAACUCGCUCCUUUCCUGUCCAAGGUGAUCAAGUUUGCCAGCUCACAUGUUUUCAGCUGCAGCUUGUGUCGAGAGAAAGGCUUCAUCUGUGAACUCUGCCAAAACGGGCAGGUCAUCUAUCCCUUCCAGGAGAACGCCACUCGGAGGUGUGACAGCUGCGGCGCCGUUUUCCACGCCGAGUGUCGACAGAAAGCACAGCCGUGUCCUCGCUGCGUUCGCCGGGAACUCCACCACAAGAGGCCAUCGUCCUUCUGGUCACCUGAUGACGACAGCCCAGGCUGUUUCCACGUGCCCUACCAAGACACCUGAGACAAAUACCCGCAGGAGCCAUAACAAACAGGGCACCGCCGCCCAGCCAUCACCCUGGACAACAAGGGCCUGUUUCUCUGAUUUGUGUGUGUCUGCAGGAUGGACCUUGUGGGAGCAGUGACCAGGGAGUGGACUUGGAGCACUUUGUUGCAGCGUCAGGUUUGUGUUUUUGUGUGUGGACUUGCCAAGGCACACGCCUGAGCCGAGCACCCUUUGGUUUGCUGUAAAGAGCAGGAAGAAAACCAACUGAAGAACUGCUGAGUCAGGCUCUACAGAUCAAACUACUUGCAUUUUGUAGUCCAGCACAAACCAAUUAUCCUCUGAUUAUCCUUAUCCCAUCUCCUCCUCACUCCUCAUUCCUACCUUUUACAUUUUUCCAACUGCAGGAGUUAGACCUGCAUAAUCAAAACUGAUCAACUGGAGGAAUUCAAGCUUAAAAAUAAUGUUGUGGAUUGUAGCCACCUGCUCUCAAAGUCCAGCUUAAGUUUAACAAUAAAAUGAGUAGUCAGUAGGCAGAAAACUAGUAUACAAUCUCGGCAAUGGAUGUGUAAAAAAACAUUAAAUUUGCUGCUCUCUUUUGGGUGAAAUAAGCAAAUUUUGAAAUCCCCCUCCUCCGAGACCAUGCAAUGUUUUUGUCUUUGUUUACAGACUAAAAUCGAGAAUAACUGAAAACAGAUCUGUGUGUAAUGGAAAUGCGUCAACUCAUGUUAAAGUGAUAGAGCUCUCAAAACUUCAAACCCUUUUUUCACCAUUUUUCCUUUCAGAGAGAAAGAGACAUGUAUUUAUGUCAGCAGUCAAAUAUUAAAGGGUAAGGUAUCAGUUUAUUAAUUUUAUAAUGGUAGUCAAAAGU